CUUCUCAACAGUCUUAUCAAGAAGUGGUCAACCUUUAUCAGAGAUUGUAUGAACUAUGCAGUAAAGAAUGAUAAUAUCACAUUACUAGAAGAUGAUUUUCUUGAUCUCUGCAGAGAUAUACUACUCCACCUGCUGUUGAAUGAUAAAAAUGCCAGAGAUGACACAAAGAAUGUCAAAGACACUAUUAAGAAGAAUAAGAAUAAUAAGAAGAAUAAUAAGAAGUGCACUCACUGCAAGCAGAAUGAUCAUAAAGAGUCUUACUGCUGA